AUGGCAGAGGCUGCUGGCACCGCCCUCGGGAUAAUAUCCUUUGGCCUUCAGCUGUACACCGGAUUAUCAGAGUACCUCGAUGCCGUCAAGGGGAGAGAAGAGGAUCUUCUGGGGGCCAAAAAUAACGCAAAGACCCUGCAAUGCUCCUUGAAAGCAAUCGAAGAUACAAUGAGUCAAGUUAACGGCAAUGCAAUGGCCCAAGACGCUGUAGAGGAGUGUAAGAGCUCAUGUGAAUCUGAGCUCAAGGCCUUGUAUAAACUUCUUAACGACUUGCAGGGAAAGCCUAUUGAUCCUGCAGACCCUAUUACUAAAGUAAAGAGUUCAAUGCAAAAAUGGAGCUACCCCUUCAAGAAGAAGAACAUCGCCAGGCUUGAGGAACGAUUAAAGUCGGCAAACAAUGUCCUCAAAACUGCCUUAUCGGCUUUACAACUGGCCAUUUUGAACGAUCAGAGCACAGCUAUCCUUUCUUUACAGCAGACAAUGGCGACCAUUCUAGCCCAAACUGAAAGCAUAUCCAGAACGGCUCAAUUUCCUUACACAAAGGCAGACGAGAUCCUUGACCAUCUGCGCAAUGCUGAAACUAUACAAACGCAAGUUGCUCAGCUUGUGUCAUACCCAAAAGACCUGCAAAUACUUUGCGACGCUGUUUCAAAAGUGUCACUGCGCUCAGAGCCGCAAUCUACGCCGCCCAACCCACAUACAAUAAGAUCUAUCACGAGACAGAGAGGGAGAACACAGGAGUUGUGUAAUUGUGCCAAGCGUCAGCAUAUCCAACGCAGCACAGCCCGCUUAGGCUUGGUAUUCUUUGAGACCGAGUCUAAGAGGAUAACUCACCACGCGCCCGAAUGCCCCUUAUCACAGGUUGUCACAUCAACCGAGCAGAAGCGUAACGCGGUUGGUAUUUCUAUUCCCAACAUCUUGAACAUCUUGAAGAGCGCUGUCGGUGUUUCAAUCUCUCUCACAACUGGUGCAGGUGGCUUUAGUCUGGCCCAAAACAUCACGUGGAGUCCAACAGUGGACGAAAGUCUUUCGCCAGCCUUCAAGCUCAUCCGGGCUCUUUGUGACCUAAAGACAUGGAGAGAGCCAAGCUUGGGUAAGAAGGAAUAUGAGAUGAUUGCCACGUCAUGUGUGCGGCGACUCCAUUUAUGUUAUGCCAAGCGCCAAGCGUCUCCAGUUGACAUGAACAGCAACGGCGAAUCAGUGCUUGACGUCCUAGCAUCAGGGAUGCAAAGCGAUCUAAGCCUGGGGAACGAAGCCGCAGAUGAUGUAGCAUUUGUCUUUCGGUCCCUCGCUACUAUUGAGGUGCCUAUCACCUAUGACCGAGACGGAAAUUUACGCUUUCUACCUCAUGUACUAGAGAGCACAUGGUUACUUAACACCAACACUCUCCCUGAAACCAUGUCAGCACUUUUGUCCCGGUGCGGCGAGUCGACGAGACAUGACUAUGCAAGCGUCUUCGGUUUUGACAAUUACCCAAAAAGACGUAGCAUCCUCAAAGAGUUUCCUCAGGUUGCUCAGAGUCUCGGGUUCAACCCACUGAGCAUCGCAGUUCUCAGAGAGGAUGAAGAUGAUGUUAGAUUCCUGAUCAAAAAAUAUCCAUCGUUCAGAAUGGAAGUCAACUACUGUGGACAGUCACCUGUUCACGUAGCUGUCUUGGUCGGAAAUCUAGACAUACUCUCGCUCGUCAUCAAGGAUCUCAACCUUGAAGCUAUUAACACCAGGGACAGUAUGCAAAGAUACCCGAUCGAUUAUGCGGUUUCCCAUCUUCUUGGGAAACCAAAGGCAAAUGACCAGAAGUCAUGUGUCAGUUGCACGAUGGUGGAGCUACUGCUUGAUUCAAAGGCAGUUCUAUAUGAGUCAUCUCUGGAAAAGGGUCUAUGGAACGCAUGUACCCGCACCAAAACAGCCAUUCUUCAGCAUUUGGCACAGAGGAGGAAGGAAUUGGAACAACUAGCAGUUUCUAACCUUCCUGCUACUGAGGUACAAGACCUUGGCCUAUGUAGAGGUUGGAUCUUGGACCGAAAUACUUUCAAGGUGCAAUGCUGCCUCAAAGCUCAAUCCUGCAGUGUACCAAGUUACCUUAAGGCGCGCUGUGAUAAACAACCGGCGGUGUCGCAGGAGACGCCAAAGUCUGUGUAUACUUAUAUACUUGACAGAGAGACUGCUGAGUAUGCCUUUUCGUUAGGCUUUGACCGGGAGACUGCUUUUAUCGACACUUUUCGCCGCAUAACAAGGGAUGUUAUCAAAAGAGGCUCACGUGGUUGGCCCUCUCCCUGGUACAUCGACUGGAUACUCGAUGGUGGCGGGGACCUUGCAUCAACUGUGCCACUGGAUUUCGUGCCUGGGGUUGUUAAUCUAGCAACAUGGGCUCAUUAUCUCAUGUCAGCUUUAGGAUACAAGGCAAGAUAUUACCCUUACAGGCUUUACGACAAUGUUUUGCCGCAGUCAGUUACAAAAGUCACCUUUUCCGAGGUCCUAGGCGAUGAUUGUCAAUGCCACUGCUCCGUACAGGGCUGCACACCACUCAUUAAGUUUCUGGAGGGCCUUGGGUGUCGCCGUCGCUUCCCUCGAACCUGGUUUACUCUAACAGAAGCUAUCAGAUCCUUUGUGGCAAGCAUCCAAGCUCUGAUUGCCGGAGAACAUACUGAACAAAGCUGGAUGCCUCGUGCGGUCCUACGCUACGCGACAUUCUCUGCAUUAGGGCUCCGUCAUACUUGUUGUAAACAUGCACAUGGCGGCUUAUGCUCCAGUAUGGAUUCAGAUGAGAUCGAUGAGAUACAUGAGGAGGAUUCUGCUACGCUACAACAGUUGGAAGACCUUGUUGCACACUUCGGGAAUGGCUAUGGAAGCAUGACCACGCUGGAUGUGUUUUUAAAGGACGUUUGGCUUCUAAAGAUGAAAGAGGUGUAUGAAGAGAUGGCUUCCUAUCAAAUUACUGAAGAGGAGCUCAAGAAGGCAGAAGAUUGCGGUGUGAAGCUGGCCGUUACCGAUAGCAAACCUAUCCUCGGGUGUGAACCUCCUGAACCAUCUAAAGGUUCGUAUUUCAGCAUAAAGGUGGAUGUUGAUGAGCCAGAAGGUUUUCCUGAUAUUGUACCAAUUGGCUUGGGAGGGUGGAUGGAACGAUUAGACGAGAUCGCGAUAGAUCCAGACCGGUCUGUACUCGUCACUCCUGCGUCCUCGAGCACUAUUGCUGUGGCCCAGACCGGUGCCUCGUACGUUGCAUAG